AGGACGCGCGGGAGGAGGGUGCGAGUGGCCGAUCACGGAUUUGCAUCGACGAGGACGGGACCCCAGGGCAGCGAAGCAGAAUGGCAGACGUGCAGGAGCUGCUGCAGAGACUGGAACAGGCUGUCAGCCGCCUGGAGGUGCUGUCUGCAGAGUCCCACAGGCCUCCUGGGGACUGCGGGGAAGUCAACGGUGUCAAUGGAGGUGUGGCACCCUCCGUGGAAGCCUUUGAUAAGCUGAUGAAUGGUAUGGUGGCCGAGUUUUUAAAGAACAGUAGGAUCCUUGCUGGUGAUGUGGAGACUCAUGAGUACCAAGAGGACAGGAAUGACCUUGUGAUUUCAGAAACUGAGCUGAAACAAGUGGCUUACAUUUUCAAAUGCGACAAAUCAACUCUCCAGAUAAAAGGGAAAGUAAACUCCAUUACCAUUGAUAACUGUAAGAAGUUUGGCCUGGUGUUUGACAAUGUGGUAGGCAUUGUAGAAGUGAUCAACUCCAGGGACAUUCAAAUCCAGGUAAUGGGGAGAGUGCCAACAAUUUCCAUUAAUAAGACAGAAGGAUGCCACAUAUACCUCAGUGAAGAUGCAUUAGACUGUGCGAUUGUGAGCGCUAAGUCAUCUGAAAUGAAUAUACUUAUCCCUCAGGAUGGUGAUUAUAGAGAAUUUCCCGUUCCUGAACAGUUCAAGACAGCAUGGGAUGGAUCCAAGUUGGUCACUGAACCUGCAGAAAUUAUGGCCUAACUCCCGAGAGAUCCUGCCACCUCACCUGAAUCCCUUCUAUCAAACAAACAAAAAAGCAGCAUUUAAGAGCUAGAAGUUGCAGUAGCACCUACUGCUUCCUUUAGUUUUGGCCUCCAGCAGUUCU